AAAAUGUUCUUCAGUCAUCGAAGCAACAUUUCGGUCAGCUUCCACAACCUGCCCGGCACUUGCUUCUUGUUCUAUCUUUCCUUCUUUAAUGGCUCCGAACUUCGUCCUCUUCCCCUACAUGGCACAAGGCCACACAAUUCCCAUGGUCGACAUCGGGCGGCUGCUCGCUGCCCGCGGCGUCACGGUCACCAUCAUCUCAACUCCGGUCAACAGCCGGAGAAUCAGUCCGGUGAUUGACCGAGCCGCCGCCUCAGGGCUGCCCAUUCGAGUCGCCAUUGUCGAGUACCCUUCCACAAAAGUCGGGCUGCCCGAAGGCUGCGAGAAUUACGACAUGCUCCCGGAGGCCAGCGACGUCAUCAGGUUCUUACACGGCACGACUUUAAUGAAAGACGACGUCCGGAACCUUCUGAAGGAGCUCCGCCCCGCGUGUCUGAUUUCCGACAUGCUUCUUUCCUGGACCGCCGAGAUGGCCCUCGAUUUGGGCAUUCCCCGGCUUAUAUUCCAUGGGACGUCAUGCUUCGCUCACGUGAUGUGGAAUGUUCUCGAAACUUCUAAAGCCGUCGAGGCCGUGGCGUCGAAUACCGAAUACUUUAUAAUGCCGGAGCUUCCGGAUAAUGUUCCGAUCACAAAAGCUCAAAUCCGCGGCACGCCCGGCGAACUCCCGCCGGAUUGGGACAAGCUGCAGCGAGAAUUUUUCGACGCGGAGAAGAAAUCAUUCGGGACGGUGGCGAACACGUUCGAAGAGCUCGAGCUUAAAUACGUCGAACACUACUUGAAGACGUCGGCGAAAAGAGUGUGGUGCAUUGGCCCUGUUUCGCUCUGCAACGACGACGAGCUCGACAAAGCAGAGAGGGGCAAUAAGGCGGUGAUCGACGAGCACGAAUGCCUAAAAUGGCUCGAUUCGCAAGACCGCGAUUCGGUAAUCUUUGUCUGCCUCGGAACCUUGUCGCGGGUGGCUUCGAGCCAGCUGAUCGAGCUAGGGCUAGCCCUGGAGUCGUCGGGACGUCCGUUCAUAUGGGUAGUGAAAAGCGCGAGCGAUGAAUUUAAAUCGUGGUUGAGUGAAGAAAAUUUCGAGGGAAGGGUUAAAGGGCGGGGACUCGUGAUCCGAGGAUGGGCCCCGCAGUUGCUGAUAUUGUCACAUGCUUCGGUCGGAGGUUUUCUGACGCACUGCGGAUGGAACUCGACGUUGGAGGGGAUCUCGGCGGGAUUGCCGAUGGCGACGUGGCCGGUGUUUGCGGAGCAAUUUAUAAAUGAGAAGUUUGUGGUGUACGUGGCGAAGACGGGGGUGAGAGUCGGCGUGGAAAUGCCGGUGAUGGCCGGGGAGGAGGAGGCGGCGGGAGUGCAGGUGAAGAUGGAGGAGAUAAAAAUGGCGAUCGAUGAGAUGAUGGACGGUGGAGAUGAAGGGAAGGAGAGGCGGGAGAGGGCGAGGAAGCUCGGGGAAAUGGCGAAAAUGGCCAUGGCGGGGGGAGGGUCUUCGUACGCCAACAUGACGAGGCUAAUUCGAGAAGUGCAGGAAGUUGAAGAGUGAUGGGAAGUAUUUCGCAUUGAAAACAUAUUCAUUGGAAUAAAAUUAGUUUCGAAUAAAGAGAUUUACUUGGAUUAUAAAGAAAUAAUUAUUUACUAUAAUACAAAUGUGUUUAUAAUUUAAUUUUUAUGUAUUUUUUUCAAUAAAAGUAAAAUUCAAAGAUAUGGAAAUAU